GGGUGAAGUGCGUCGUCUUCGAAUACAUUCGCGUCGGUCACGACCUCGGGAACCGUGGUACGGAGAUGUUCAAGUGCAUCUUCUGCGGCCAUGAAUUCCAGGGGACACAAUUUGUUGCGGCAAGGCACUUCAAACAGGGGAAAGGGUGUCCGCAGAUCACAGACGAGGCGCUGGUGGACAUCCAUUAUAACACUAAUUACAAGAUGGACAACAAGCAGUUGAAGCGGUUGCAGCGUUGCGAGAAGCUCCACGGUGCUGCACCAACUAUGGAUGCGGAUGGUGGUGCGGGAGGGGAGGGUCAGUCGGGUGCAGCCGGCGAGGAAGAUGGAGGGCAGGGGGUGGAUGACGCGAUCAAUGUCGAAGGCGAUGCGGCGCAGCAACGGGGUGAGGAGCCUUAUACGCAGCGGACGGGGAAGGGUCUGGUGGGUGAGAGUUCAGGGAAGAGGAAGGAGAGAGAGGGAGGGGGGAAUGUGGCCCCACGAAAGAAGAUGAGACAGGCUGCGAUCAAGGACGUCUUCUCCUCCCAAUGGCUUGUGGACCACAAGAAGAAAUUUCUGCUAUUAGUGUACAGCCACCGUUCAACAUCUUCGGCAAUGAUGCUUGGAAGGAGUACAAGAGACACUUCGUAGACUUGCUAAGGCCUAUCAAGGUUUUAUGGCUUUCUCAUAAGGAGAUCGCUGCGAUCGAGUCCGUGCGUCAGACUGCAGAUGACGUGGCUGCGGAUUUAAGAGACGC